UGGCAGGAAAACUAUGAUGAGGAGAUUGAGGUAUAUAAGCACCACCUUGAGCAGACCUACAAGUUGUGCCGGCCGUGCCAGACGGCAGUGGAGUACUACAUCAAACACCAGAACCGACAGCUGCGGGCUCUGCUCUUCAACCACCAGCUCAGACGCAGUCGGGAUGCUGAUAAAGCCUUUAUUAAGAACACCUACUCACUCGCCACACCAGCCUGGUUGAUCUUACUCAGAGUCCUUGCGUUUUUAGCCUGUGCCUUCCUUGUAGCUGUGGCUUUGUCUGGAUCUGGAGAUGUGGCCUCCUCCAUCUCGCGGAUAUUAAGCGGAGGAGUCAACCCACCUAAACGCCCCCUCCAAAAUGACAGUGAAAGCAAGACUGAGGAGGGCAGCAUGAUGUGGGAUGAUCUGGUGGGUCUUCUGCCGGAAAAGGCUGUGGAGAAUGCUCGACUCGUCUGGCAGUCCGGAAGUGACCAUCAGAUGGCCGUGGCUUCUGUUGGUCUCCUAACUUGCAUCACAGGUGUCUUAAUGGCAGGACCUGUCAGGUUGAGGAGAAUUGACGCUGUGUCCUCUGUGCUUUGGCUCCUGGUAAUAUGUUUUUACCUGGCCGAGUGUUACCUCAAGACGGACAUCCCUGAUUGGUUGGAAACGGUCAAGUUGGGCAUCACUUCUGUGUGUUGUCUGGUGGGAUUCGCUGCCGCUGUGGCAACACGCAAAUCCAUGAGUCAGAGAAGAGCCAGAGGUCGCAGGUAUCUGUCUGGCAGUUCUCCUGGGCCGUACUACAGUAAUCACUGUCCCUCGCUGUCUGCACCUGUGUCUGCAUCCUCUGCCUUCAUCCCAACUCCUCCCCCCAACCUGUCACAGCUGCUCAUCCGCCAGCAAAGCCACAGAAUGCGCAAAGCCUCGCCCUCCUCGCUGCCUGGGAGACUCAACAGGGCCCUCUCUCUGGGAACUAUCCCCUCCCUCGCACGAGCAGGUAAAGCAUAA